CGCGCGAACAUGGCCUCCGCGGAGGGAGAAAGCGAAUGCACGGAAUUACUCACAGAAGCUUUGAUUAAUGUACAAAUUCAUAACAGCUACACCAUGGAUGAAUUUAAAGAACUAUUUCCCAGAAAGUACCGGGACCAUAAAGAUGUGAAGGUUUUGUACGAAGCCUAUCAAAGAAAGCGAAAACAAACAAGAGACAGAGUCCGGACGAAUAUAAGAUCGUUUUGUAGGCAACGUGAUCAACAGGACGAUGCAUAUGAUAGUAAACAUGAGGAUGAAGCGUGGGAAUUAGAACAAAGAGAGGUGGUCCUGCAAGAGGAAAUAAAUUCAAUGCAACAAUAUAUUGAUGAACUUCAAGACAAACUCGGGAGUUGUGCAGAUGCCUUGGAAAAGAGAAAGUUCUUUUCUGGCUUGCAUACAACAGAUUUUGAUGUCAACAAAUUUAAGGAGAAAAAUUGGUGAAACAUGGACAGAUAAAGCUAAAAGGAUUUUGAAAAUCAUUCACUAUAAUUUCUCUUUGAAUUUCAUCUUUUUGUAAAUAAUGUUAGGCGAUACAAACUGGUACAUAAAGAGUUACCGUCAAUGGAAACUUUGUUUUCUUUGUGCUUGGCCUUUUUUACCCUUAGAUCAGUGUGCAUAUUCUCCAUACUGUUCUCUAUACAUUUCCUUAGGAGCUUAUAAGGAGAUUUUGUUUCACAAUCAAGUGUUUCUCCAAUUGGUGAUCAUUUCCUUCAUUCCUUUGACCUUAAUGUGUGAUUCAGAAGUGAUAUUGUAAAGAGAAAUUAGAGGCUAUAGCCACUCUUAGGGGCUAAGGGACAAGAAAGACAAAUACCACUGGUUUGUAAAAAAAAAUUCUUAAACACAUCACUUUAGUAAAUAUUCCUUGUAAACAACAAAUAAA